GCCAACAUUUAUUUAUUUCCACGUAAACACAGUAACAAGUACUAAAGUCUCUUUAGGGGUAUUCUGUAGUCUUUGCUAGUACUCAGCGUCUGGCGGGCACGUGGUCGGCGGCGCGCCUAAGUAUCCUCGAGAGUGCGCAAGCCUGACAGCAUAAUGCGCGCUCCCGUGUUCCCCUAGAUGCGUGUUUACUCGGGCUCCUCUCUCCUCCCUUGAAAUGAGAGAGGUGCGGAGUGGAAGGGACAUCGUUUUACAAGAAAACCUCCACGAACGGACAUCCAAGAGCAAGAUCGGCCGACAGACGAGGGCUAGAGCGGUGUAGCGCGAGGAUACAUUGAUUUGACAUCAAGGUCAAUUAUAUUUCUGUUAAAAUAAAUAAAAAUCAGCUUCAGACACGGAGAAAUCACGAACCUCUGAGGAUGGAGCAGGCAUACGGGGCUGGCAAGGCUGGUGGCACCUUCGAUCCAAUUACGUUCUUUCAGCAACCGCAGGCUAUUCUACGCAUAGUGUCAUGGAUCUUUUCCAUUGUGAUCUUUGGAUGCAUUGCUAAUGAGGGCUAUGUGAACCGUCCGGACGAGGUGGAGGAGCAUUGCAUCUUUAACCGUAACCAGAAUGCCUGUAACUAUGCUGUGGGGAUGGGAGCCCUGGCCUUCCUCUGCUGUGCCGCUUUCAUAGCACUGGACGUCUACUUUCCUCAGAUAAGCAGUGUUAAAGACCGCAAGAAGGCUGUUUUAGCUGAUAUUGGCAUUUCAGCUUUCUGGUCUUUCGUGUGGUUCGUGGGAUUCUGUUUCCUGGCUAAUCAGUGGCAGGUGGCUAAACCAGAAGACAACCCUCUCAAAGCGGGUGGAGACGCAGCCAGAGCAGCCAUCACCUUCGCCUUCUUCUCCAUAUUUACUUGGGCUGGUCAAGCUUUUUUGGCAUUCCAGAGGUUCAAGUUAGGCGCUAGUUCAUCUCUCUUCUCUCAGGACUAUAUCGAUCCCAGCCAAGAUCCUGCAGGAGCACCUGCUGCAGCCACAGAGUACACUGGAUACAACACUGACAUGGAGGCUAACUAUGACGGCUCUGGUGGAUACCAGAACCAAGACUACUGAGGUCAGGUAUAGGAAUGUACACAACAGCCUUAACCAGCAAGGCUGACUGGGUAACAUAGGAAAAAAAAAAGAAAAAAAAAGUAGGUGAAAAGGACAAACAAACUUAUUUUGGGCACUUGGGGUAGAAUAUGGGGGCCAAAGCAGGCUGACAGGAAUUCAGGGGUUUGUUUGGUGCUAUAAGAACCCCUUGUUGGUUUAACAUGAUUAUCAUAUUUUGCAGAGACUGUGGUACAAGAUCUGUAGAAUUUAGUUUUUGUUUUUUUAUCUGCCACCUGGAUUUUUGCCUUCAGUUUUUUGGUUUAUGGGUUUGGGGAUGAUCAAACUGAUUGGUCUACAGAUGUGUGUCCAUCCUGAGCAAACCCUGGAUGUUGUUUUUUUUUUGUGUGUGUGUGUGUGUGUGUGUGUGUGAAAAUAAAUCUAAACUAAACUGAUGGAACUUUGUCCCUAAAUUAGUCAUAAAAACUAGCUUAAUAUUGGCCACACGUGACAAAACCUGACUAAACUAAAUGCUUCUGUUGGUAAAGUGUAGGUGCUACAGGUGGAAUUUUGUUAACCCUUAACCUAGAGCAGAUACUGCAUUGAUAGCUCUCUGCUGCCAUUUUGUCAGUGUCCAAGGAUCUUAAAAGAUCAUUUUGAAAAAUAUCAGGUCUGGGAUUAGAUCAGUCUCUGCAUUGUUGACAUAGAGCGUGCCAAGAGAGAAACUGAAUGGUAAUACAGAGAAUGAAUUUUUUUUUGAAAAUACUAUAAAUAUAAUAUAAAUAAAGUGAAUUUUUGAAUUGAUUUAUUUUUGUGCAGCUAUGAUUAUGUGCAGCUGUGAUUGUGUUAUUUAAGGUUUAAGGUCUGUUUCUUUACAGAAAGGCAACAUUCCAUAUAUACAGUAUUUGGACUCUUAUGCACAGCUUGUAUAGCAUACAGGGCUCUCAAGCCUCACGCUUUCCCUGUGAGAAACUCAUUUCAACCAGUUCACAUGCCACAUCUUGUAUUUCUCAUGCUGUAAGACGUAAGGGAUAACUUGUCCCGCUAUAUACAAUUAAUUGACAAAUAAAGUUCAUGGCACUCUCGAGUUAUUCAGAGUUAAAUGCCAAUCAGAAAUGCGAAUUUUGUUGUCUCAACAUGGAUGCACACACACUCAGAGAGUAAAUUGUAAGGUCAAGAUCCAGUGAAUGCUGUAGGUAGACCCUGUUCUUUAUUUAUUCUUUAUUUAUUUUUUAUUUUUUACAAUUCCAGGACGAAAUCACUUGCCUGUGAUCAAAGAUAAUUUGGCAUUAGUAAAUCUGAUUUAAAAAAAUCAUCCAAAUAAAAUACAUUGUUUUAUUUAUUUAAAAAAUAAAUUUGGCCCCUAACGAGCCAACUGAACAGCAGUGCUCAAUGUACAUACUGUGUUACAUUAUGUACAUUAUACAUAGUAUGCCAGUAUGUCACUUGUGAAAAUAUUAUUCAUAAUUCUGUAUGCUAAUGAGUUCCUUUGUAGCACACCUAGUAUUUUUCUCUGGCGAUCUGUUUUUUUAUCAUUUCAAUAACAUUUUUGAAUUUGUUUAUAAGUUACUGUAAUAACUCUUGCUCUAGAGCAGCAGCAUUGUGCAUUACAUUUGAAUUUGAAUUACUUUUUUUUAUUAUUAUUAUUAAAUUCUAAAAACAAUGUUAUGUACUGGAAUAUAUAAAAACCAGCAUAUUUUUAUUUAAUGACAAAGAUGUAAUAUAAUCAAGUACACAAAAUAUCUUUAUAAAUUUAUUAUGGAAAAAAAAAAAAAUAAUAAUAAGAGUAAAUGUGUACUUUGCAUUUAAAAAUGUUCAUCCUUUCUCUGUUUAGGAAGUGACAUUGUUUUCUGAGUCAGGAAACUUUUCUCUCUUAUUUUAUUUCUUCUUGACCCUGCUAAAAAAGGAAAGCUACUAUACAAUCAACAUAUUAUAUAGGUGAUGUAUCAGAUGUGUUCUUCUAUAAUGUACAAUUAUGGAGCUGGGAUACAAAAUAUUGUAAAAUAAAAAAAUAAAAUUUUGAUGUGGUGCCUGUCCUGAAUCACUAGGUUAAAAUGGCUCAGUGUAUUUUGUCGUGUCUUGAAUGUUGCUUGUCUGGUAAGAUGUCUGAUAGCUGACAAUAAAAGAAAUUGUCUGAUGGA